AUGACCAAUGGGCAGAUUGCCUCGAGAAGAGGAGGGUCUUGGACAAAGGUCGCCAUUUUUAUCUCUCUCUAUGUCUUGCUUCUGGAAUCCGUCAUUGAGUGGGCUCUUGUACUCUAUCUCUAUGGAAAUGGACGUGUCGACCGAAAAAUGACGCCGAGCUUGAUCCUUGCUCUAGUAGCUUCUUUUCUCACUGUACCACUUGUCGUUCUUCAUAGCCUUCUCGCAUGGCAGUAUAACAAAGUCCCAGGCUUUGGAGGCCAGAAGACAAUGCUGCGUGCCGCCUGCACUUAUCUCCUGCGAGUGACAGUUAUUAUAUGGCUAGCGGCUAGUGUGGCAGGCCUAGUAGUGAUCUCACAGCAGGCAUCCUGCCUCCCUGAAACUGCGAAGGGUAGCUUUUGGAAUACUGGCGUCAGCUGCGCUCUUCAUCGGGCUGCGGUCAUAAACCUCGCUUAUGUCGAGGAGAAAGAGGGGGUGGCUUCUGCACCGGUCGAUUCUGAAACCCGAAGGCCACCAAAUAGUCAAGCUCCUCCUACAAGCACCCAGACUCGACCAACCUCCUCGAACUCAUCUGAUGCACCCGAGGUCGUGCUACCUGCGCCUUUCAAGGUACAGAGAUCUAACACAACUCAUACUGCACCGAUUCCUCGCACCAUCCAUCGCCACCGACCGAGUUAUACAAUCGUCCCACCAAACCCAUUGGCGUGGCACCCUGUUAAUAGAGUUGCCAGCCACAGAGCCUCCGUGGUGGAGCCUGAUAAUCAUAUGCGUCAUAACCGGGGACCUAAGGAACGACGACAAAGUCGGCAUUAUCAAUUCGAGCAAUCGCACGUACCCCGCCAUACCAGAAGUUAUCAUCAACCGCAUAGCCGGUACAACUACCGUGGCCGGUACGAACCACGUCGCAUGUCCUCACAGUCUCGAAGGAGCGAUAUCGAAAUUCACUAUCCCAGCACGCGAAGGCCACGCAGCACUACAUGCGGUGGACUCGGGCCUGCAGGAGCUCUGGACAGCAUCCGAGAAUCAGGCGCAUCGGUGGAUGAAACUCGGGACAUUAUUCCUAAUGCCAACACAUAUCGUGGUGCCCAUCGUACAAGUAUGGCUGCAUUAUGA